CUUCAUUUUCCCCGCCAUAAAAAAAGUUCCCGGAGUGUUGGCCAAUAUUUUGGCCUCCAACUCACUCCCUCCUCCCUGAUUACACACUUCAUUUAUACUUCUCGAGACCUACCUUAUCUGCAUUACGGAUUCUCGAGUAUCCUGGCUGUGUGCCUAUAAUUACGUGAUGGACGACCAACAAUUUAUCCAGCUGCUCGAGAGCUUGUUACAACCCGAUACUGAGACAGUAAAGUCGGCUACUUCCAGUCUGAACAGAAAUUAUUAUACCUCGCCACAAUCCCUCGUCGCGCUCAUCCAAAUCCUCACUACUCACCCCAAGAUCGAGCUUCGUCAGCUUGCUGCUAUUGAGUCCCGUAAACUCGUCUCUAAACACUGGAAUGCGGUUCCCGCUGAGCAAAGGUCUCAAAUAAGAGAUCAUGUGCUACAGUCUACACUCAAAGAGGAGAAUACACUGGUGCGACACUCCGCUGCAAGAGUCAUCUCGGCCAUAGCAAAAAUUGACCUCGAAGAUGGUCAAUGGGCGGAUCUACCAAGUCUUCUCCAACAAGCGGCGACUAGCUCAACAGCACAGCACAGAGAGGUUGGCGUAUAUGUGCUGUUCACACUUCUCGAGACUAUGAAUGAUAUAUUCUCGGACAAUUUGGGUGAUCUUUUCAGUGUCUUCAAUAAGACCAUAAAAGAUCCCGAGAGCGCUGAUGUUAGAGUCAACACAAUGCUCGCUCUUGCACAAGUCGGCUUAAUUAUUGAUACAGAAGAAGAUGAAGCAUCCAUUGCCAAUUUUCAGGCCUUAGUUCCUGACAUGGUAAAUGUAUUGAAAGGUGCCAUCGACGAAAGUGAUGAACGACAUGCUGCACAAGCUUUCGAAGUUUUCCAAACUCUACUAGCUUGCGACCCAUCAUUGCUAUCGAAGCAUUUCAAAGACUUGCUCGAAUUCAUGUUGGAGCUCGCCUCUCAGACCUCCGUCGAGGAGGACAUGCGUACACAGGGACUGUCUUUCUUGAUGCAGUGCGUGCGAUAUCGCAAGCUGAAGGUCCAGGGUCUUAAGGUUGGCGAGCAGAUGACCAUCAAAUCACUCCAAAUCGUGACCGAGCUUGGCGAUCUUGUGGAUGAAGACGAAGUCACGCCUGCAAGAUCAGCUCUAGGAUUGCUUGACAUUCUUGCCUCAUCACUCCCCCCUAAUCAGGUCAUCGUACCCCUCCUCAAAACAAUGGGUGCAUAUGUCAACUCACAGGACCCGACAUACCGUAGAGCUGGAAUAUUGGCUCUUGGUAUGACCGUUGAAGGAGCCCCAGAUUUCAUAGCCACACAAUUGCAUGAAAUAUUGCCGCUUGUCCUCCGCCUCCUUGAGGAUCCCGACAACCGUGUCCGAGCAGCGGCCCUGCAAGGUGUUGCACGUUUGGCAGACGAUCUUGCAGAGGACCUAGGCAAAGAACACGCACGACUUAUACCAGCUUUGGUUACAAACUUUGAUAUGGCAUCUCAGGACUCCACCGGUGCUACUGAAGCUAACUUGGAGAUUGUCCGGGGAAGCUGCAACGCUAUCGAUUCCUUGAUUGAGGGCCUUGAAAAAGAUGCCGCCGCAGUCUAUGUCUCUGAGCUUGUCCCGCGUUUCUCACCAAUAUUCCAACAUAAUGACUACAAAGCCAAGAUCGCCGCCAUCGGCGCUGUAGGUUCUAUUGCUGCUGCCUCAAUGGAGGCUUUCAUGCCCUACUUCUCCGAUAUAAUGCAGGCUCUCGGUCAAUAUGUCCCGAUCAAAGAGAGUCAAGAGGACUUGGAUCUGCGCGGAGUUGUCUGUGACACUAUGGGUAAAAUUGCGUCGGCAGUCGGCGCGGAGGCAUUUAAGCCUUACGUCCAACCAUUGAUGCAGGCUUCUGAAGAGGCUCUCCAUCUUGACCACCCAAGAUUACGAGAAACUAGCUACAUACUCUGGAGUACGUUGGCAAAGGUCUACGAGGAAGACUUUGCACCCUUCCUCGACGGUGCUGUUAAGGGCCUCCACGAUUGUAUGAAACAAGAUGAGACCGACAGUGCGGUGUCUUUAGGAGAGCAAGCAAAGGAUCUACUGGGGCAAGAAGUCAUCGUCGCAGGCCAGAAGGUCAAGGUCGCGGAGGCUUCUGAUGAUGACGAUCUCGAAGAUAUGGAUGACGAUGAUGACUGGGAUGACCUUAGUGCUGUCACAGCCGUCGCUAUGGAGAAAGAGAUUGCCGCCGAGGUCAUCGGUGACAUCGUCACCCAUGUUCGUAGGAUCUUCUUGCCAUACGUUCAGGACACUGUUCAGAUUGUUCUUGAGCUGAUGGACCACUCGUACGAAGGAUGCCGCAAGGCUGCAAUUGGCACUCUUUGGCGAACAUACGCAUGUAUAUGGGGUAUGGCGGAGGGAGAUGGCAUGGAACACUGGCAACCUGGUCUACCUUUGAAGGUGCAGCCGACAGAAGAUCUCGUGAAGCUUGGCGAUAUACUCAUGACGAAAACCAUCACAGCUUGGGAGGAAGAGUUGGACAGGGGCACUGCUACUGAUAUCCACCGAGAUCUUGCUGCUAGCUUCAAAUUAUGUGGUCCUGCAGUAUUGGUCACUUCGAAUGGCAUCGUAGUGCCCAAAGUUUGCGAACAGCUCUUGGCAGUUAUUACAAGGCGUCACCCAUGCCAACAAGAUAUUGGUGAUGAUGGUGAUGAUGGUGAAGAGCUCGAAGAGUCAUCCGAGUACGACUGGCUUGUCAUCGACACGGCUCUCGACUGCCUCGCGUGCCUGGCGUCCGCUAUUGGGCCUAACUUUGGCGAGCUGUGGAAAAUGUUCGAAAAACCAAUCCUUAGAUUCUGCUCUUCCCAGGAAGCUACGGAGCGUACUACUGCUGUAGGCGCCAUCGCCGAGACUGUCGUUGGGAUGGGCGAAGGCGUGACUCCCUACACUUCCUCGCUUAUGAAAGUACUGCUUCACCGUCUCGGCGACGAGGAUCCUGAGUGUAAAAGUAACGCCGCGUUUGCAAUUGGUGUACUCGCUGAGAAUAGCCAAGACGACGCUGAGGUCUUGAAAAACCUCCAGCCAAUCUUUGUCAAGCUCGAGCCCAUGCUCGACCAAGAGGGCGUUGCGCGGAUGCGUGACAACGCUGCUGGCUGUAUCAGCCGCAUCAUCAGCCGCUUCCCGGAUCGUAUCCCUCUAGAAGAGGUCUUACCACGCCUCAUUGCUGUACUGCCGUUGAAAGAAGACUACAAGGAAAACACUCCCGUGUAUGAGAUGAUUAUCAAACUCUACCAGGCUAAAAACGCCAUAAUCCAGCAACUCACACCCUCGCUCCUGCAUAUUUUCCCCAAAGUGCUCGACCCACCAGAAGAGCAACUUGAGGAGGACACGCGCGCCAAAUUGAUGGACUUGGUCACCUACUUGCACAAAUAGAAUUUGUCAGACGGCAACAUAUAUAUAUGAGAACAAGAUAUAGCGUGUUGGGCCUUCAUAACCCAUUAUGUACGGUAGGAGUGACGAAAGGGGGGAAAAUGAGGAGGAAUGCCGACCUGGCAGCUGAGAUACCCCAAGUACGAGAAUCAAAUUUCAUUUCUGUUGAUUCCCGCCCAGAUUCCACAUAGCGUGUACCACGAUGACUAAAGUUGUCUGGAUAAGCAGGCGGGUCGAGAAUUUUUCCUUUCCAAGUACAAAGUCUGAACAGAUGCAUUCGGUCUUGUCUGAGGAAAAAAACUUCGUGACAUGCACAGGUCCGUAAUGAGUAUAAAUAAGUCUUUGUUGCCGUGCAUCAGAUAUGGAUUAUGCUUGAAAUCUAUAGAGACACUGUG